AUGACCGGUCGAAAAGCACCAACAACAACAGCUGCCGCACCAGCAAAAACAGCUGCAACAAAAACCGGAACAACAACUGGUCGAGUUAUAAAGAAAGAUAAAUCAAAAAAUGUUAUGCGAGAUUUACGUAUUAGAAAAUUAUGUUUAAACAUUUGUGUUGGAGAAUCUGGUGAUCGUCUCACACGUGCAUCAAAAGUACUCGAACAAUUAACUGGUCAAACACCAGUUUUUUCAAAAGCUCGUUAUACCGUUCGAUCAUUCGGCAUUCGUCGUAAUGAAAAAAUCGGUGUAUUUUGUACCGUACGUGGUGAAAAAGCCAAAGAAAUUUUAGAAAAAGGUCUUAAAGUUAAAGAAUACGAAUUACACAAACAUAACUUUAGUGAAAUGGGUAAUUUUGGCUUUGGUAUCCAAGAACAUAUCGAUUUAGGUAUUAAAUAUGAUCCAUCCAUUGGUAUUUAUGGUAUGGAUUUUUAUGUUGUACUCGGUCGCGCCGGUUUCGAUAUUGACGAAGCUAUAAAAUGGUUUCAACAAACAUAUGAAGGUGUUAUUAUGCCAGGUGGUAAACCUAAGAAAUCGGGUGGUGGUCAUCACAAAAAGGGUCUGGGAUUUUGGGUAUUACUUAUUACACUGUUAGUCGAUCGCCCACCUACACUUGAAUAUAUUUUUUCCUAUGAAAUAUUUAAUGUAUCUAAUUGGAAUGGUAGAUUAUUUAGCAGUGUAUUUCUUCUCAAUGCUUUAACAAGUGGUUUAGCAAUUGUUUAUAUAGUUGGUCGAUAUAAACAAUGUCUAGAUUUUUCAAUAACAAUCCAUGUAUAUCAUUUUAUCGCUUGUUGGAUAUAUAAUUCUCAAUCUCCCCGUUUAUUUUCUUGGUAUGUUACACAAUUUUUCUCCAUUGUUAUUAUGACAAUAUUAUCGGAACAUCUUUCCAAAAAAUACGAACUUCGAAAUAUACCCCUUGCAUCACGUGUUGAUCUUUAA